GGUUGUCUCUAAAAGCUGAAUCCGAGACCAAUCUUUUAUAAACAUAGGUUCUAACUAAGAAACAACUCUAUUUACACAUAGACUGAAUCGAAUAGAAUCGAACACUUAUUAUAUAUAGCCACUAAUCUCUUGUCUCAUUUGUAUGUUUGGGGAAUCGAAAAAGGUGUGUGAAGUUUCAUAGGAAGUGGAGCAUGGAGUGAUGGAAAAUGGACCGAACAAGUUCUCCUCGUUGCAUGCAUGACGGCCGACAGGAGCUGAACAUCUCGUAUCUUCCAUUUCACGCGAUCAUACACCUUUUUCUUCACUUUGACUUCAACCCUAGUUUCACUCCCACAAACAAAACAAACCCCUUUUUCAACAUUGUUCUCGCUACUCGUUAAUUCCUUUUCCCAAGUAACGACCCAGUAAUAAAUUAAUCCUUUUUUCUGUAAUUUGUUCACAAAGAGCUAAAAGAAUUUGAGAUGCAUGUGGAUUAUUAAGGUGGACCCUAUAAGGAAAGACCCUUAAUUUCUCUUCCGCACGAUUCCUCUCCUCUUUUUGUUCAACGACAUACCCUUACCGUUCUGUUAUUCCAUUCGCAAUAAUGGUGUCGGCAAGCUUAAGGUCCACCACCUUUCUCCUUCUUUUCAUUUUGCUUCCUCUAAGAUUCUCCAGCGCACACACCCAAAACCAAGGUUCGCUAACUUUUCACUUUCCCAAUCAUGUUCCUCUCUUUUCUUUUCUGUUGCUGAUUGAUUGUGUUGAAUAUUGUUCAGGUAAGAAGACCAUGGUGGUUGACGAUAUUCAAACAACAAAAAGUCGAGUGGACUUAGAGGUUUAUCAUGGUGUUCCAGCAGUUGCUGAGACGGAUCAGAGAACGAGGUUUCUUUCUGGGAGAAAGAUGAUGUCUAAUGAAGUGCACUCGAAGUUGAAGGCAAAGGGCUUAACCACUUGUGUGGUUGGAAACUGCAACAACCAUGAAGAAGUUUUGAAGGUGAAACAGAAACAGCAUAAAGUUGGUAAAAGGAAUAUUAAUGGGCAUUCUAGUAUGUCUGGUUUGGUGCCUCUGAAUGCUGAUUAUUAUGUUCCAAGACCUCACCCUCCCAAGAACAACUGAAUCACAGAGUUUGAAGCAUAUAUAAGGAAUUUUGACAUAUAUAUAUGUAGUGUAUUUUUUAGUUUGGUUAGUUUUUACCUACCUCUAACCAUAUUUGCUUUGUCUUUGCUCUCAGUUUUGUAUUACAAGUAAAUUAUAGGUGAUUUAUACAUGUAUGUAAAUUGAGGCUUUAAUUGUGAACUCAGCUAGUGUUCCCAAAAGGAGCUUUUCUACUACUUAU